AUGAAGUUGACCAAAGCAUUGACUCUACUAUUAGUCAAUGUAGUGAUAAUCCAUUGUGAUGACGACGAUUUAAACAUCUACGACCAAACAUCCGGUCCGAACUCAUAUUCAGCAUGUGUUAACGAAAAUACAAUUGAUGACGUUGCAUUCAUCAAAAUGGGAACUUAUAGAGGCUUCACCGAAGACGGCAUCUUCGAGUACAGAAAGUCGUACUUCUAUCCUCGGUACAUGGAAAAUAGUUGGGGUGAAUCUAAAGCAAUCUGCAAAGCAUUUGGACUAGAACUAGUGACUUUAGAGACCCUCGCAGAAGCUAAAAACUUCCUGGCAUUAGCUGAAAGCAGCAGUGAAACUAAAAAGCUACGUGCUCCAUUUUGGAUCUUCAUUGACGGGAUCGUAUUGACACCGAAGUCAACAACAGACUGGUAUUGGACGAAGAAUGGACAGAAGAUAUCCUUUUUGAUUCCAUGGGGUCCUGUGCAGCCUGACAAUUGGCAAGGCAAUGAAAGAUGCUUCUCGAUUGGAAAAAGGGACGCUGGAGAUAGAUUUGGGUACAAUGAUCAUGCUUGCUCGAAUGUUAAUUUGCCUUUUAUUUGUCAGAGGAUUGAGUUUUGGGCGUAG